GUUGUGAGUAUCGGAUGUUGGGCUGGGACGAACGUGUCCACCGCUAGCUCGCAGCUCGCCGCACGCCGCGCGCUCACCCGUGCUAGUGCUAAUUCACCUGUUACCGCACAUUAGCUAAUCUGCUCAGAGGACAUCCGCAGGGACUUACAGACACUCGUGUGCAGUGAAGUGUUAAUAAACUGGAAUGUUUUGUUGAACAUUCAGAUGUUUCGAGUCCAGAUUAUAUUAAAAUAGGCCUUGCUAUGACGAUGCUUGCGAUGGCGCGAGGAUCGGAGGAGCGUCGGGAUAAGGCCGAGGACGAGGCCGAAGGGGAGACUGAGGCCAACGGCGAGGUUGAUGUGGUGGGGGUGGAGGAGGCCGCGCCCGUGGACCUGACGCGGCGGUUGGGGCUGACCCGGCCGCCCGACAGGCCGGCCAUCGCGUUCUCCGUGGAGAACAUCCUGGACCCCACGAAGUUCACCGGCCGCUCGGAGGUGCCGCUGCGGUACGACGAGCAGUACUGGCGACCGCACUACGACAGGGAUGACAGUGACUCCGUAAAAGACCACUUGCAACACUCAGACAUCGAAGCAGACGAAGUGGAAACGGAUGACCAGACCUCGAACCUUGACGAUGACAUCCUCACUCAAUCAGAUUUGGACGAAAACGGGGACCCUAAGAGCCCCACAAGUUCUAGCUCAAAGAAAGGCAAGAGCAGUUCCUCAAGAGACUCCAAAGGUGGUACGAAGCCUAGGAGAGCAAGAACUGCGUUUACUUAUGAGCAGCUGGUUUCUCUGGAGAAUAAGUUUAAGACGACGAGGUAUCUGUCCGUCUGUGAGAGGCUCAAUCUGGCGCUGAGCUUGAGUCUCACUGAGACACAGGUCAAAAUCUGGUUCCAAAAUCGUCGCACGAAAUGGAAAAAGCAGAAUCCGGGAAUGGAUGUCAACAGUCCAACGGUUCCACCACCUUCGGCUGGGGGCUUCCCAUCGGGGCCCUACCCUGGGGGCCUGUUGUACUCCCACGGGGUCCCAUACCCCUUCACGGGGCCUGGUCCUUACGCCCCCUACUUCCAUCACCUUGCAGCCAACCACCAUCACUCUCACGGUAGCCUGGGACACUCUCACACGUGAUUGUGGCAACGACCAGGGUCCCAAGAUCCUAGGGUCGAGAAAGAAAACGAGAAUAGUUGUGGACUAUCCAAUUAGUGAGAACUUUUCAGUGUUUUGUGAGGUUAUGUUGGAUACUGUAGUCUGUUCACGGCUGUGCACCAGUAUUUGGUCAAAAAUAAGGGGUGGUUAUUGCAGCCAGUCCAAUUAACGAUGAAUCCGUUCAAAAAUAGAAUCUGUUAAACUUUUUAAACAUUAAUUUCAAUGUAGGUAUCAAUGCUCUUUUGGUUCCUACAUUUGCAAAUAUCAUUUUUAGACCCGGAACUAUGAGUGAUAUAAAAAAGUAAGUACCUAAGCACUGAAAUAUACAAUUAGGCAUUCUGAACAAAUCAAUUGGUUUUUUGUUCUUCAUUUAAACGUUCCUAUAAUAAUAUGAAUUCAAAUAACACAUAUUAUAAGAGUGCAAAAGCAAUUUGAACUGUAUUUCAAAGGAAAUCAAUUUCAAAUUCCAAUAAUAAGAACAUCCGUGAACAGAUUACAGUGUGAAAUUGUGACGAAAAUGUAUUAUAAUAGUGCAAUUUAUUUAAGGUAACUUUAUGAAUCGAUUGUGAUACGUAUUAAUAAGAGAAAUAAGGUUUAUUAUCGUAUGUAUUUAAAUAACUUUAAUGUAAGUGCCAACGUUUAGACUACUAUGAAGAAACGAAUCAAUUUAUGCUAUUAAUGUUAGAGAACAGAAUUGCUACUUUUUUGUUUAUUCGCGCCUAUCUCGUAAACUAACAGUCGUAUUUAAAUGAAACUCUUUUUAUUUGACAGUUCUUUUAUUCGAGAAAGGACCAUACCUACUAUUGUUUAAUAUUACGCUAUAACCGUUGAGGAUAGUACACGAAUGUCAAAUCGUUCAUCAAUAUUCUUUAUUUUAAUCAAAGAAUACACGUCUACUUUGCUUUCAUUUUUUAUAAUGCUGAUUCAUAUUUUGCAUUUGUUUUCUGCUUUUGCACAGAAUGAUCUCAAAAUAUAAUUUGUCUGUUAAUAAAGAUACCUAAAUUAGUAUUAUGCAAAAGGACCAAAACCAGAUGCGAUCGGACCGAAGGACCAAGAAAAAAUAAAAGACUUCUUUUCGCCAAUGAAUUCUGUUACAUGAGUAAUUCAGUUAUUUUUCACAUAAAAUAAAAUAGAAAAUGUUUCUAUUUGAUAAUGCGCUUUAUCUACUAAAAGAAAGGACGAACUCUGUUCGAUAAUCAUUUAUUAGUUAAAAAAUAAAAUUAAACUGGUCCUUCUGAUUCUUAAGAAGAUAAUAAAUCGGUCCUUGCAAAUCUAUUACAUAUAUUAAAAAAUCAAAAGCUUUUCAAAUUCAUUCUCAAAUGUUAUGCAAUUAACACCAAAAAUAAAUAAGAAAAUGUAAAUAUUUAGUUCUAAGCUAUGUAUAAAAGUAUCAUGUUUGUAAAUAUACCAAACAUUUAUGAUUAUGGCUAUUUCCUAUAACUUGCCAAUGAAUAGUUUUAUAGUUUAUUUAUUUUAUAUUUUGGUUUUGAUAUUGAUGCCAGAAAAUGUAAGUUGGGAUAGGUAUUGAAUUCCAAUUUUUAUAUAUUGUGCAAUUUAAUAUUGCAUUGAUAUUUAACGGCCGAAAUUAUAAUGAAUAAACUAUCUCAAUCGAAAAUAUGAGGAUAAGAAUCGAUUUUUGCCGUACUUUCGGUCGUUAGUAGUAAUUAUUCGGGCGAUUAUUUAUAACAUAUUUUAUUUAUUAAGUAUUCACACAAAACCAACAUUAGUGUUACCUAUCUCUUUCUCGCAAGUAAUUGAAUUGUGACAUCUUAUUUUACUUCUUUUUUCUAUAGCAAAACUCAUUAGGAAUGUAAUUAGAAAUUAUUAAAAAAUGCCUAUGUUCGCUUUUGUUUAUUUUAUAUUAAAUUCGACUGAAAAUUAAGAAUAAAUGUAAAUAAAUAAAUAAAAGAACCCACGCUUUUAGAGCUAAUUAUGUUCCUAUUAAAAUUUAUGUUAAUUUAUAUACAAAGGGCCUUUUACAACGUCUGAAUAAGCAGUUGUUAGUUUGACACAUUUUUUAAUACAUUUUGUACUGAAAUAAUCAAGUAAUACAUCAUCUUAUCCAUCAGUGGUUUUUACAGAAAUUGUUGGGUUUAUCAGACAUGGUGAAUUAGGCCCUUAAUACUGAUGAUGUAUAAGAAUCUUAGCGACGAAAUGAAAUUAGGCUUAAUGUCCUUUUCAAAACUUUUCUUAAUAUUUUAUUUUCAUAAAAAUAACUAGCGGACCUCACUGAAAUUUGUUUCGCCUUAGAACCUUCUCUGCGCAUUUUUGUUUAUUUUUUCUUACAUAAAAAUCAAGCCAAUAAAAUAAGAAUUAGCGUAAUCAGUUCAGCUGUUCUUGAGAUUUGCGCUUACCAACAGUUAAGGCUUUGAUUUUUAUAUUAUUGAUGUAUGUCACGGCAGCACAACCAUGGUUCCUUAACAGUAAGGAAUAAUUUCAAUGUAACAAGAUAAAAUAUGAUUAUAACUUUCGUGAGACAUACUAAAUUUAGUCUUUGACAGCCAAUAGAAAACUGUUGAAGGCAAAUCCUCCGCUAACGUUGGUCAACGGUGACAAUCAUGGCGGUCAAUUAUUAUUAUGUUAUCGGCUUACUGAGAACCAAUUUGAGCCUAUAGCAUGGCUUGAAACUAGCCGAGUUCAUCGUCAAACAGUUACGUGAGUAAGCCGAUAACAUAAUAAUUAAGAUAAAAUAUGCUGCCCAUAAUAAUAUUAUUUUUAUUUUGUCUUUUUCAGUUAUGUUUUAUUAUAAAUAGUUAAGUAUAUGCUAAUACAAUGCUCAACGCUGUAAAUAUUUGUAAUUAGUUCUGCCAUUACAUUUAAUUCGAUGUUGACAUAAAAUAGUUUCAAGUUAUAA